AAUUAAAUAAACAAGCAGUCACUUUAGUCUUGUUAACAAACAACCAUCCUUAUCCAACCUGCUUCCCGCUUCAAUUCCUAUAUCUUCCACAAUACCGUCUCUAUUACAACUCCGAAAAUUGCAGCGACGACGACGGUCAUCAUGAUGAUGAGAUCAAUGCCUUCUCAAACUCCUCACGUUAGCUAUCGGCGGUUAGCUCCGACGAAGAUCUAUUGUUCUUCCAGAAGCAACUCGUAUAUACCUAAACUUGAAGCUUUUAGCCGAAGUAAGAUUGAUAGAAUCGUUAAAGAUCCUCCUUUGAUAGAAAAAACCGAAAACGAUCUAGCAGAUUAUUGUUCAACACUGGAAGGAGAUUCAUCGUACAGCUGCUGGAGAGCCUACUUCGAGCUCAAAGAACUCCAGAAAGAAGCGCCAAAGGAAGAGGUGGAGAAAGUGAUAUUAGAAUCAGGAGGAAUAAAAUCUCUGAUUGGAUGCUUACAUGGCAUCUCUGAAAUUCACAAGACAAAAAAGCAAAUGCAGCAACGAAAUGGAUCCAAAUCAAGUAGUAAUUCGGAUUCAGAUAACAUAACAUCAAGAGCAAGGAGAGAAUGUCCUCUGCCGGAUGGUAUACCAAAGAGCUGGGAGGAGAUGGAAGAAGAGGAAAAUUGGAAGAUGCCGGACUCCUCUUUCACCCAAUUGCUCCGAUCAAAAGGCAAGUUUCCAGCUUGGUACUCCCCUUCCCCUGAUCACGAAACCGAUUGAUAUCUGUUAAUUAAUUUACUUAUGUGAUAUCCUUGUUAAUUAGUUCCUUCUUUGUUUCCUCUGGUUUUGCUUUUUGCUUUUGCAUGUACAUAUCUUUUUGCAAGUUAAUUUGAUGAUGUAUAUAUUAUAGGGAUGCCUGUUCUAAUUAAUCGUUAGCACACUCAUUGAAAUCGAAAGAUUGUCUUAGAU